UUCAGUCUCUUAUUGUUGCUACAUUGGUUUAGCCAGUCUCUCGGUCUUACGAUAAAAGUGAGAAGAAUGAAACUCGUUCUAACCAACAAAUCUUAGUAAGAAAGAAAAUUAAUUCAAAAUAUUUUUCCUAAAGUGAACAGGGGUUCUGGCAAUUGCAUUGCAGUAGAGCCAUCAAUAAAUUAACAAGACAAAGUGAACAGGGAACCAAAAAUGAAUUUGUGUAGAAAUUUGCUUAAAAGCGUUUUCCCGAAAGCAGUAGCACGUAUAGAAUCGAGGAACGUAUCGGUGUCUUCUGCGCUGAGAAUCAAGGAAGUACGAACCAUAGAGAAAGAUAAUACACUAAUCAUAUAUGGCGAAGAACUGCCUUCCCCUCGAGAGCCGUACCUCCUAAAAAACCCUCAUACUACCAAAUGUGCUGUAUGUGCAUCGGGGCUUGACAUUAAGCAUACCGAUGUGCUUAUUCUUAGUCAGUUUGUAAGGUCAGAUGGAUGCAUGCUUCCUAAAAGAAUAACAAGGCUAUGCAAUAAAGCACAAAAAAGGAUAGGUACUUUGGUUACAAUGGCACAGAAAGCAGGUUUAAUGCCCAAUUUGGCACCUUCCUGGAGCAAAAAGGACCCUAAGAGAAGAUAUCAGUGGAAGAAGUACAAUAAAUAUUUUGAUGAAACAACAAUAAAAUCUUAAUUUAUUAAAUGUUUUAGUUUGUACGAAAAGAAAUAUAUUUAGAACAAAGAAUAAACGUAUAAAUAACA